AUGCAGGGCAUCUUCCGUUUGCCCUGGGGGUCGAGCGACCUGUCCGAGAAGGGCCACCUGGACAAGAUGCGCGCAUCGCCCGUGGUAGAGAUACCCAUGCUCAACAAAUUGAAGAGGAAGCUGCCUGAUACGCCUCAUGUACUGUCGCCUUCGUUGACCUCCCCGCUCAAGCGGCAGCGGCCCGAGGUGGAUUAUCCUGAACAGCUGCCUACUCCCAGUUCACCGUAUGUGGAUGCGCGCAUGUCUUGCAACCCCGAAUCUGCACAGACAACCCUUCCUUCGGCACCGACAAACGGAGGAAGCAGCUCGAGCCAACUCGACGCACAAGCUGGAGGCGGCGCGGAAGUCAAGGAAGAAAGUGAUGCGCAACCUUUCCCGAGGCCUUCGAGCACCAGCUCCCAAGGAUAUUUUGAUGCCAAGCCAGUAUCGAAUGAAUCUACAAAUACACAUGCGAAGGCCGUGCCGGACUCAAUAUCUGGCCUUACGCCGCUCCAACAGGUCAUCGAGAGUACCCUGAAUGUGCAGAUCCUCUUGAAGCACAACGAGCUGCGCUUGAUCGAGCAGGAACUUGCCAAGUGCCAAAUCUCACUGGAGCAGCUGCGAAGAUGCGAGGUCAUCCCCUACCCGGGAGAUGAUUUGGCAAAUCUGUCCCUGAGACAAGGUACUGGCCCUGCGGUGGAGCCUCCGGCUGGCUACACUCGACCUCCUCACGCUGCGCCAUACGGGGUCACAGAUGGGCCAUACACUCGGCAUUAUGCGCAAUGGCUCCUGAAGGAUCCUCAGUUCGAUUCCGUGUCGCCGCAGGCUGUUGCGCAGGCGGGGCAGCUUGUCAACACAGCGAGUCGCACUCGGGGCCAUCACGCGAGGAAACCAACGAGCAAGUCGCUCAGCAUGUCCACCAGGAAUUCCGACCCUCUGCAGAGCAUUCCCAACUAUCCACCUGCUGCCAUGCCCGUUAAGGAGAAGCUCCCCUUCCAAACGCUCAGAAGGUCAACAGAUGGUCAGCUGGUCAAGCUGGUGUGCAAGGAUUGCAAGCGAAGUAACUUUAGCAGCAUCCAAGGCUUUCUCAACCACUGCCGGAUUGCGCACAAGGUCGACUACAAGUCUCACGAUCAGGCCGCCGUCGACUGCGGUCAGCUGCUCGAGGAGCACGAAAUGGCAUCGUUGCCACCCGAGGCGCAGGCCGUCAGCGCGCCCAAGCCAGCUCCUACGCGAUCUGCCAGCCUUGCGAUCAUGCCUCCUCAUCGCAGCGGACUUGUGCAUCCACUCAACACUUCGACUGGCAUAAUCACUCCCUCAACAACCGCUCCUCACACACCCGCUUCGGCGGUCCCGGCAAUUUCGGUAUCAACGCCUCCCGCAUCCACGAACAAGCCUCUCAAGCCGUCCGGACAGGUGCCCCGUCUCUCUGCGUGGUUUGCCAAGAACAAUGUUGGUGGCGAUCUGGAUCAUGCCGCUGCACUGGCGAAGGAGAAGGUCGACCUGUCAAACGACGAGGAUCUGCGAUCACCCGAUACGCCCGACAUUGGCUCUCCUGUUGCUUCUUUCCCUACUGGAGCUCGCACUGUUGCUGGCACCAACAGCGCCAAGCAGCUGGGAGGGCCUAAUGGUGAUGCUCUUCCCCGUCCUUCCAGUCGUAAAGGGUUUAGGCAACCAGCCUCCCAGCGUCCUCGGCCGUCCCCGCUUGCUCCUACGCCUGCUCGUGUCGAUGAGCACCAGAGCGCGCUCUCCUCGCCACAGGAUCCGGCUUCGACCGCGCUGAGUCCACAUACUGCCGACAGCAACCCAGGCUUGGUGAGCGACCACGAGGAUGAUCACGGCUCCGCUUCGGAAGACGAGAGCCCGUCUUCGUUCGCCGCCGUCGCGCCAGGCCUUCCGCGGGUACCGCAGACCUGCGGCAGUGGCGAGGAACACAUGGACAUUGACAUUGAGUCGGAUCACGAGAUUGACGGGCGUGGAGGCUUGAUCAUACGUCGGAAUAGCAUGGUGGCUGAUGAGGCACGUGGUCUCUCGCGCUGCAACGGCAGUCCGAGUCGGAAGAUGGGUGGCAAGUGA